AUGGCUUCCUCACCCGAUUCAAGCAGUACGGUAGUUAGGCGGCAGUGGCCUUUUAACUCUCUGUCUGCCGCUGCUGCACGCCCACGGACGUCGCCUCGCCCCGUCUUGCCCCAGCCGUCUCCUCCUGGUAGUGCUUCUACCAGGGAUGAACCGAGCAGUAGCUAUGAAGCCCCUCGCCCUCCCCUUCCACGAGUGGCUGUCCCCACCUUCCCGGAGAGUAAGCGCCCGCAGGGACAGACGAAACGCAACGCGGAUGGUGAGACACCAUCCCCUCGCCAUCGUAUGACGAAGAAGGUGCGUCACGGGAUCACUGCGAAGGAAAAGCUGCACUGGCUGAAGAUGCAAGACUCUCAGCCCGAUCUUGGGAAUCGCGCCCUGGCGAAGCUCGCGAAGGUGCAGCCCUGCCAAAUCCGCGACUGGAAGAAGCUGAGGGAACGGCUGGAGGUCGCAUCUAGCUGCCGCCGUCGCCUCGUGGGUUCCGGCCGCAAGGCGAAGUACCCGUUCAUGGAACGGGCGGUCUACCGCCAUUUCCUUUCCCACCGGGCGAAGGGCCUCGCCGCGGCAGAGGAGGAUGACGCCGCAGAGGAGUCAGCGGAGGCGGUAGAGGAGGACUGGAACGCGCCUGAAGAAGGUGGUGAGGCGGGAGAGUGCAACGAUGACGAUGAUGACUGGUGGCGCCCUGGCCGCUACGACGGAGAGGAGUGUGAAGAGUGGAACGCAGGGGCCGAUGUGGAGUAG